UGAUUGAUAAUUUUUAUCAAUUUUUAAAUGAAAAAAACCAUAACUUUAUUAUAAUAUCAUAAUUAAAGUGAUUUUUAAUCAUUAAUGAAGACUUUUGAUUGAAGACAAUGCCAUUUGGUUUGAGACCCGUUUGCAAUAUAUGUGGCUCUACUGAGUCUCAGAUGUGGUCCAAGAGUAGUGAUGGCGUUAUUAAGUGUAAUGAUUGCAAUAAUAAAGACAUUUCUGACACAAAUGACAGUCAAAACACCGGGAAUUCGAGUCAAGACAUGACUGACUUUGAAUUGAUUACAACUAAUGAUAAUAACAAUUCACAAAACAGUAAUAAUAAUAAUAAUAAUAAUAAUAAUAAUAAUAAUAAUAAUACAGAAAACAAGACAUCAGCGGUUAAACCAGUUUUGGUGGCCACGAGAAAGAGUGUCCGCAAUAAAAACAAGAUUAGGACCACAUUUAACAACAAAUUAAACACAAUUAAAGGAAAGAGUCGGAGGAUUAUCUUCAAGAGAUGUUCUGUUCGCGGGCCGACGUCUUUUUCGACGCCUAUGACUUGUGACAGUAUAUUCUUGAGGGGACAAUACUUCCAGAAGGGAGACAUUGUAUCUGUUGAGGACGUAAAGGGAGGCAUAUAUUUUGGACAAAUUCGUGGCUUUCUUCAGGACCAAUACUGUGAGAAGAGUGCAGUGCUUACGUGGCUCUUACCUUCUGAGAACAGUCCUCAAGAUGUGUUCGAUGCGAGUACUUAUUAUUUGGGACCCGAAGAGGACAUUCCCCGCAAACUCGAAUCAAUGAAUUUUGUUUGUCACGCGCCGUCUGAUUACUAUAAGGCGCGUCACUCUCCAUAUCCAACACUUGCAAUCAAACCAGAGUGUGGUUUCAUUUGGACCCGACUCGGACCACAAAUUAUCAAAAUUCAAAAUAAAGACAAAAUCAUUCAAGAAUUUGAAAAAUUGGAACAAAAUAAUACAAUUUCCUGAAUUUUUUCGAUAUUUUUAUAUUUAUUUAAUAUUUUCAUUAUAAAUAUU